AUGCCUAACCCUGAGGAUAAAACAAAUGCUAAUGGUGUGGCGCCUAAUCCCUUGCAACGUUUAGCCUCUUUAAAAGCACCCCGAGAUCUUUUACUUGGUGGAGCAAAGCCUAAUAAAAAAGUUUUUACUCCUAAUUUGAAUGUAACUAGAAAUAAAAAUAAAGGUGCCUCAACAACAAAUAAUAGGGAUCUGAAAAAAGAUGAAAAAAACAAACGGAGCCAAAAAAAUGAUAGAAAUAGGAAUUCUAGGAACAGCCAAAAUAUAAUCAAAUCAUCGGGUGUCUUCUCAGAAGGAAUGGGUAGUGCGGAACGCAUUUCAAGUAGAGUUUCAUAUGGCAGAGAUGUCAAUACCGAACCAAAGAUGCAGAAACCAACAAUUCGGGUCAAAGAUGUUGUUAAGAUUGAUAAAGAGCUUGAAGAAGAAAAAAUUAAAGCUAUACUCAGUGAAGAUGGCAAGGAGGUUGAAGAAGCAGAAGAUUUCAAACAAGUACUCGAAGCUGAUGCGCCAGUCAGGUUGCCCAUGGAUGAAUUAGGCUUGACAAGUAGCAAUAAACCUUCAUUGAAGAUCAAGGAAGAAGUUGUUGUUAAACAGGAGCCUUCUGAGGAUGGAGAAAUGUUUACAGCUCAAGGGGAAAAACCAAGACCAGAUGUCAAAGACAUGUUUGAAGAUGUGAGUGUUGCAAACCUGCUGAAGAGUGAUAAACCAACAUUAUUGUUAUUACAGUUGUCAGAUACUUUACCUGGUCGUGGAGGCAGCCGGGAUGACGAUCAUAAGAAACCAUUGAGUACUCCAUCUAGUUCUAGUGAGACAACUGAGGAACCUAAACCGCCAGUAGAUACCAGAUGUCAUCUGUCAGACCUGGAAGAAGGGCGCAUUGGAAACUUAAGAAUACAUCGGUCAGGCCGCAUUACGCUUGCACUUGGCAGUACUAUUUUUGAGGUGAGUUCUGGUACAAAGGCAUCAUUCUAUCAAGAAGUAGUAUCUGUUGGUGUCGAUGAAGCAAGUCGAUCGGCCAGUGUUACUUCUCUAGGACAACUACAACACAAGCUCAACAUUACACCUGAUUGGGAAACAAUGUUUGAUGAAAUGUCCAUUUAG